UGUUCCCAGACCCAUGUGAAUUCUGACUUCUAUAUAGCGAUGCUAAUCCGCCAUUAACAGCCUGCCUCCCUUCAGCUCUCUCCCACUCUGAUGCUUCUUAGAGAUAUGGAGAUUGCAAUAAUGAAUCAUCUAAUUCUUGCUUUCAUAACAUUUCUUUGCAUCUGUGUCUUGAAAUUUGUAUACUCAAUCAUAUGGAUUCCCUGGAAAAUCCAAAACCACUUCAAAAAGCAAGGAGUAACAGGCCCUGGCUACCGUCCGAUCUUUGGAAACUCAGCUGAGAUGCGCCGUCAGUUUGAAGAAGCUAUGUCAAAGCCAGCUCCACUUCACAACCACGAUGUCCUUCCCCGUGUGGCUCCAUUCUACCACAGGUGGUCCAAAAUGUAUGGGAAACCGUUUUUGUAUUGGUCUGGGCCAAAACCAAGGCUGGCAAUUUCCGACCUGGAUAUGAUCAAGGAGGUUACUAUGAACACAGAAGGCGGGUCAUUUGAUAAGACCGGGUUUGACCCCAAGGGCAGGCUACUCUUUGGACAGGGACUUGUUGCAUUGAUAGGCGAAGAAUGGGCCCUUCAUAGGAGGAUUUUAAACCAGCCCUUUCGCAUGGAAAGAGUCAAGGUAAAUCAAACUCGGACUAACAGCAAAAGAGAAAAUUCUUCCAGUCUGCUUAGUCUUUUGAUGUCUUCAUAUAAGAAUCACGAUAAUCAAGAAGAGAGGUUAGGGGAGGAAGAAAUAAUAGGCGAGUUCAAGACCUUUUACUUUGCAGGAAAGGAAACAGCUGCUAAUGCUUUAUCGUGGGCACUUCUGCUUUUGGCAUUGAAUCCGGAAUGGCAAGACAAGGCAAGAGAAGAAGUGGUUCGCAUCUGCAGAAAAGAUAAGCUUCCAGUUGCAGAGAAUUUGAAUGGCUUGAAGAUUGUGAACAUGAUAAUCGAUGAAACACUUCGGCUUUACCCUCCAAUAGUGAUGUUGAUGAGGAAAGCUUGCAAGGAUGUUAAGCUAGGACAGAUCAACGUUCCUGCUGGUACAGAGCUUUAUUUGUCGCUGGCUGCUGUUCAUCACGACACUGAAAUAUGGGGAGAAGAUGCUAAUAUGUUCAAUCCCUUAAGAUUUAAAAAGUCUCGAAAGCAUUUAGCCUCAUAUAUUCCAUAUGGUUUGGGCCCUAGAAUUUGUGUCGGCCAGACUUUAGCUAUGGUCGAGAUGAAAAUUAUUCUAGCUAUGAUUAUCCGGAAAUAUACUUUGACAGUGUAGCCGACAUAUGUUCAUGCCACUAUGCUGUUCAUCUCCUUGGAGCCUCAAUAUGGUGUACAGAUAGUCUUAACAAGGACAACCGUAUGAUGCUUUUGUCGUCAAAACUCUUAUAAGGGUUCUUUCAUCUAUGUAAAACAUGUCUGCAUUUACUAUGUUAAGAUAUUGCAAUUCAUCUGUGCUAUGUAUGGUUGCAUUGUAGUAAAGAAUGAUGAAGGAACAUUCUCUAAUAAAAGUAAUCUCAAGUAGUUAAUAUUAACAAUUUAAUUAAUGAAUGAGUUUAAACAGAUUGAAGAUGUGAAGUAGCUUAUCUUAGAGGUGGUUUGAAUUUCACCGUACUUUUAAGAGUAGUGCA